AGUUGGAGACGCUACGUCGGUCGGUGCGGCAAUUUUAUAGGCAAUACGUACAUUUUUAAAGUUAGUGGCUGGUCUCAUCCUGUGCCGGUCGAUAUUUUGUGUUUGUUAAAUUUAUUUCUUGGUUUAGUACAUUGUCAGAUGCUGUCAUGAGGAAGAAGGAGCUACUGAUCCUUUUGACAUUUUUAACAACAUUUGUCACAUCAGGUGUUCCACCUGUACCUACUACACCUGCACCUCCUACAGUUAGUAAUUGCGGAUAUGAAUCAUGCCAUCCGGUAAAGGGCGAAAAUUUUAUAAAUGUUCACAUUGUUCCUCAUACUCACGAUGAUGUUGGUUGGCUGAAAACUGUUGAUCAAUACUUCUAUGGCAGUAAGUUGUCCAGAUAUUUGUUGAAGCUUGUAAACAAUUAUCGAUUUAUUCCAGGCAAAACGUUUAUACAGAAUGCAGGCGUGCAAUACAUUUUGGAUUCAGUAAUAGAUUCUUUACGAAAGGAUCCGAAUAGAAGGUUUAUUUAUGUCGAAACGGCCUUCUUUUGGAAAUGGUGGAUUAAACAACAUGAUGUUGUUAAAGCUCAAGUUAGGAAAUUCGUGAACAAUGGACAACUCGAAUUUAUAAGUGGAGGAUGGAGCAUGAACGAUGAAGCUGCCACACACUACCAGUCAAUUAUUGAUCAAAUGACCUGGGGUUUGAGAAAAUUAAAUGAUUCCUUUGGAGAAUGUGGUAGGCCAAAAAUGGGAUGGCAGAUCGAUCCAUUUGGUCAUAGUAGAGAGAUGGCCUCCAUAUUUGCUCAAUUGGGUUUCGAUGGUUUAUUAUUAGGCAGAAUCGAUUACCAAGAAAAGGAUUUUAGACUGUCGACAAAAACUGCCGAAGUAGUUUGGAGGUCUAGCCAAAAUUUAGGAGAAAAAAGUAACAUAUUUACUGGAUCCAUGUUCAACGUUUAUUCACCUCCCAGAGGAUUCUGUUUUGAUUUGUUAUGUUCAGACGAGCCAAUUAUUGACGACAAAAAAAGUCCAGAUUACAACGUUGAUGAAAGGGUUAAUGAAUUCUUUAGAGUUCUCGAUAACAUGACAAGCGUUUACGACACCCACAACCUAAUUAUAACCAUGGGUGAAGACUUCAAUUACCAAGACGCUGCAACUUGGUUCAAAAACUUAGAUAAAUUGAUUUCCUACGCAAAUGCCCGUCAAUCUAAUGGCUCCAGAUAUAAUCUUAUUUACUCUACACCAUCUUGUUAUGUCAAAGCCAUAUAUGAUGAAACUAAAGGAAAGAAGAAAUGGUUGGUUAAGCAAGACGAUUUCUUCCCUUAUGCGUCCGAUCCACACGCUUUUUGGACCGGUUACUUUACUUCCAGGCCCACGCUCAAAAGGUUUGAGAGAGAAGGAAACAAUUUCUUACAGGUAUGCAAACAGCUUUAUGCUUUAGCUGAUUUAGAUCCAAUCGACAAAGUUGACCUCAAUGCUCUUCGUGAAGCUAUGGGAGUAAUGCAACAUCAUGAUGCAAUCACAGGAACUGAAAAGCAACAUGUUGCCAACGAUUAUGCCAGAAUACUGUCCAACGGAAUCAAGGAGUGUGAAUGGAUAACUGCAACAGCGCUAAGCAAAAUAGUUGCCCCAAAGAUGAGAAGUUAUUUUCUAGAUGAACCCGUGCCUACUAUACCAUUUACGACGUGUCCCUUGGCAAAUAUUAGUCAAUGUGCAUUUACGGAAACCAACAAUAAUUUUGUCAUAACAGUAUACAACCCACUAAGCAGAUCUGUAUCUAAGCAUGUGCGAGUUCCAGUAGAAGGAAAUAAAUAUACUGUCAAGGAUCCUCAAGGAGCCACUGUAGUUAACCAAAUAGUUCCUGUUCCUGCCUCAUUACUUAAGAUUCCAGGCAGAAAAAGUCUGGCAGAAAACGAAUUGGUUUUUAAAGCUGCUGAUAUUCCUGCUCUUGGUUUUAAAUCAUAUUUUAUACAGAAAUAUGAAAGUAAUGAUAUUCCAAAGGGAAUACCCAAAGGACGUUCUAUUGAUGACUCACCAAAUACUGAAUUUGAUAUUGACCCAAAUACUGGUAUGAUCACGGAAAUAAGCAUUAAUGGUGUUUCUAUCAACUUCACACAGGAUUUCUUGUAUUAUAAAGGAUACGUUGGCGACAACGUGAAAUUUAUCAACCGAUCUUCUGGAGCUUACAUUUUCAGACCUUAUGGAGAUCCAUUCAAAGUCGCUACUAAGGCCAGCUUCAAGGUUAUCCGAGGUCCCGUAGUAACCGAGGUUCACCAAACGUUCACCGACUGGAUCAGUCAAGUUGUCAGGGUGUAUGAAGAAGAAAACGUUAUCGAAUUUAAUUGGCUGGUAGGACCUAUACCUAUUGAUGAUGUACAUGGCAAAGAAAUUAUCACAAGAUAUAAAACUUCCAUUAAAUCUAAUGCCACAUUUUACACGGAUUCAAAUGGUCGUGAAACAUUGACGAGAAUCAGAAAUUUCAGGCCAACGUGGAAUCUGAAAUUAGAAGAACCAGUAUCUGGAAAUUAUUAUCCAGUUACCACUAAAAUUGCUAUUAAGGAUGACGAUUUAGAAUUAGCUGUGUUGACAGACAGAGCGCAAGGGGGAACUAGUUUAAAGGAUGGAGAACUUGAACUUAUGAUACACAGAAAUUGUUUACAUGAUGACGCUUUUGGUGUAGGAGAAGCUUUAAAUGAAACAGCAUUCGACAAGGGAUUGGUAGCUAGAGGAUCACAUUACGUUAUUCUGGGAAGUUCCAAAAACAACAACCCAAAUGGUUAUACAACAGCAACUCAGGUACAUGAUCAGAUUCAACAAAAAUUAUUGUCAGCAUGGACUUUUGUUUCUGGUACUGAAAAUCUAUCUUUUGAGCAAUAUAAGUCAAAAUAUAUUAUGCAGUAUGCUGGAUUAAAACGUAAUUUGGAUAAAAAUGUUCAAAUUUUGACAUUAGAGCCUUGGAAAGCCGAUACAUUUUUAUUGAGGUUGGAGCAUGUGUUUGAGAUUAAUGAAGAUCCAAUAUUAUCUAAACCAAUAAGGAUCGAUUUGAAAGGUCUCUUCGCUCCAUUUGAAAUAUCAAAUAUAAGAGAAACAACCCUGGGAGCCAAUCAAUGGUUAUCCGAAAACCAUCGUCUAAACUUCGACUCUGGUUUACCGAUAGAAGACUUGUGGCUUGCGAGCAAAGUCUCCGAUUACCAAAAUUGGGCGCAAUACAAAUGGAGAGAAAGCAUAAAGAAGAGGGUAGUUGACGAAACUGAUGAGAAGGAUAAUGUGGAAGAUUUGCAAAUAUUACUGAAACCUAUGCAGAUUCGUACCUUUGUUUUAAAUAUUAGCAAAUAAUUAUUGUGAUUUUUGUAUUUUUUAGUGAAUAAACAAUAGCUUUGAUAUGAUAG